AUGCUUCUCUUUAGCUGCUUGGAGUAAUUUAUUCGUUAUUCCAGUUGGUGUGGUGCUCGAAGGCGGCCACAUAUCAAAAAACUGGCAAAAUGAAGUUUCUUCACUUGACUUUGACAAUUUUCGUCGUGUUUCUGGUCACUGAGGGCUUGACCGAGAAAAUUAGAAAACACAAAAAAUACAGGAAGCAUCGCAAACCCGCACUUGAGGAGACCGAGUCAGCCGAUACGAGUAAAACUUUGGAAAAAAAUGACAUCGAGGCCCCACCGGAAGUGACUGAUGAAGAAAUUAUUGACAAUCGCGUCCCUCUCAUUGAUCCCUGCAUUAAGGUGCAUUGCGGGGCUGGGAGGGUGUGCGAAGUGGACUCUGAGGGCGAGCCCCAGUGCGUUUGCAUCCCCACGUGCCCCGUUGAGACCGAACCUCGACGAAAAGUCUGCUCCAACCAUAACGAAACUUGGAGUUCAGACUGCGCUGUCUAUCAACAGAGGUGUCUGUGUGAUAGGGGUGACCCGGAAUGUAAAGGAGAGCAAUACAAACAUGUCCAUAUUGAGUAUUACGGCGAGUGCCGCGAGAUGAAACAAUGUACCAAAGAAGAAAUGGCCGAUUUCCCUCGCCGAAUGCGCGAUUGGCUCUUCAACAUCAUGCGAGACUUGGCCGACAGGUCCGAAUUGACCCCUCAUUACCUCAAGAUGGAACGCGAGGCCGAAUCCAACAUGACUCGUCGCUGGACAAACGCCGCGAUUUGGAAAUUCUGCGACUUGGAUGGCUAUCCUCCAGACCGGUCCGUUUCUCGUCACGAGUUGUUCCCCAUUCGAGCUCCUUUGAUGGCCCUCGAGCACUGCAUAGCCCCCUUUUUAAACUCGUGUGACGUCAACGAUGACCAUAGAAUCAACAUCAAAGAAUGGGCCAAAUGCUUGGAAUUGGACGAAGACGAAAUUGAAGAUAGGUGUGAAGAGAUUAACGAUGCUGAGGAAUAAUUUUAGGUUUUGUGGCGCUCUAAUGCAGAAUUAAAUGGUGCUAAAGUCCUAACUAGGUCAUAGAUAACGAAGAGUUUUUGUAAAUUUUAUUUGUACUUAUAGAUGGAUUUAUUGUGAAUAACACUGCCUUAUUUUUAUCGUAUUUUUGUAUAAAAUGCUAUUAAUGCAAAAUAAAUACCUAGUAGUUUUGAUUUUA